GUAGCGGCUCUAUUGCUUUUGUCUGUUACCUGAUCGACGCAGCGGCUAUUUUGGUCUAGAAUUGCAUUUCUCAGAACAUGCUGGAAGAAAACGAUCCGAUAUUAGUUUUAUAAUUACAGAAGUACGAUAAAAUAGUGAAGUGGGCGCGUGUGUUCUGCUCUCCUUAAUUUUACUUAGGCUCCAUUUACGCCUAGGCUCACUGUUUAAUGAUCCUGUGUGGCCUCUGCAUGUGGUUUGUAAUGUGAUCGGCUCGAGAUGUGUGGAAGUGCGGUUCUGGCAGUGCGUCUGGUUCGAUCUUUCGAGCAUCGCAACUUUAAACCGGUGGUUUACAAAGACGUUAGUUUAGAUCAGACGGUGGAGGAGUUUAUUACAUUUGUUAAGCAAGACGUUUCAACAAGAGCUGGAUUGCCUCUGCCCUUUAAGAAGUUUGAUUAUGACACAAUGAAAAUCAUACACCAGGCACAUGGCGCAAAGACGAAUGAGCUUGUAAUGAGUUUAGAGGAUGAUGAAAAGUUGAUUCUUCGUGAUGGCUGCGGGUUAGGAGCAUGUGGCGUUGCCAAUGAGACAGAACUUGCCUUCUUCAGAAUGGCCGACUAUGAAAAGUUCAAAGCCAAUCCAAAGACUGAAUGGUGAUGACGAUCAGGAUGCAACACAAGAGGUCUUGGAGUAUUUAUUCGCCAGAGGCAAGCAAGUGUGAAAAGCUCUUCAAGUGGGAUUGAACCAUCAAUUUUAAUUUCAUUUAUAGCAAUACUUUUUAUAUUUAUUCUUACCGUUCAAAUAGCUUCAGCAUAGUUUGACAAAUUUUGAGGGGAGAUGUUUAUGUUGUCAAGUGCAAUUAUCUUCUUAGGUAAGAAUACUGUACAUUUCAGUGCCGAAAUGUGCAUUUCGAAUGCCAAUUCUUUUUUUAUUUCAUUUACAACAA